UGCGCCCUCUAUCGGCUGCAAGUGGUUGAGAGGGAAGCUAAAAGGUCGCCGGCGCUUUGAACGUGCUAUCAGGACGUAGGGGGUUUGCGCUUUAAACAAAUCGAUGAAAAUAUGGCAAACAAAGGUCCAUCUUAUGGCUUAUCAAGGGAAUGUAUGCAAAAGGCUCAAGCAAAGUUUGACAUGGACCAGGCAUUGGAGGCUCUAGCCUGGAUAGAGGCAGUGACAGGGAGACCCCUGUUGGAGAAUGGGAUGUCUUACAAGGACCAGUUUGAGGUGAUGCAGGUGUUGAAAGAUGGAGAGGCAUUAUGCGAGCUGGUAAAUGCAAUUGCACCAGGAAUUGUCAAGAAAAUCAACAGGAGUAAGCUGGCAUUCAAACAGAUGGAAAAUAUAGAACUAUUCCUCACAGCUUGCAAACAGCUUGGUAUGAAGGAUGUAGAUGUUUUUCAAACACAAGAUUUAUAUGAGGGCAAAAACAUGUAUAUUGUAAUAAACUGCAUUCACAUAUUAGGAUCAUUGGCACAGAAGCAUGAUUUCCAGGGUCCAGUCAUUGGAGUAAAAUUAGCAGAUAUGAAUAAGAGAAACUUUGGGGAAGAAAAAUUAAAAGCUGGACAACAUGUUAUUGGACUGCAAAUGGGAACAAACAAAGGAGCUUCCCAAGCUGGGAUGACAGCAUAUGGGAUGACAAGGCACAUGUGACACUGGAAAUGUAGGGCAAAAAAAUAUAUAUAUACUGAGACAGUGCAUUUUGUGACUGGGACAGGUCAUUUUGUAAGGAGUUGCAUGCCUGUUUUAGCUGUAGGACUGAAGACCAAGGGGAGCAGAGGAGAAAAUAUCAGAUUUAUUUCAGUGGAUAUUUAUAUUUUAUUGUAGUGAAUGCAACUGUUACCUCAAACAGGGUGCUUCAGGAUAGAGAGUUUUUUUAUUUAGCAUCUUUAAGUUGCAAACACAGGUGUGCAUUUUACUCAACACCUGAGCAUUUUUAUUAAGAUAACCGUAAAUUUGAAAGAUGAGGCUGAAGCAAAAGGGCAAUAUGUUAGUUGACCAUGCACAGCUGUCAAGGUACGACCUUGUCUUCUGGUAUAAAUGCAGACAAGUCAUGAGUUCAGAAGUGAGUUGACUCUUUACUUAUACUCACAUAUGCUCUUCUACUUAAAACAGUCAGUAGUUUUUGAUUGCAUAUAUUGCUCUUAUUCAUGUUUGACACAGUAUCAGUGGUCACAAUAUUACUUGGAUU